CUGUGAGAUGAGACUGUCAAGGUUGCUGAAACGAAAUAGAGGUUACUUUAAUCCCAGGCUGGCUUAGCCCACUGAGCCAUGUCCACAUCAGAAGAUGACUCUACUUCGGAUGAAGAAUAUGUUCCUCCAGUUAAAGCCUCCAAAUUAGAAAACUCUGAAAGCGAAUACAGCGAGGACUCAGGAUCAGGAAACUCAGACUGUGAUAGUGAUAGUUCUAGCAGCCGGGCAAAUAAAAAAACUCUUGCUAAGAGGAACUUGAAAGAUCAAUCCAAGAUUUCUAAUUGUCCACUACUGUCAACAGCUGAAGAUAAGAAAGCUUACGAAGAUAAAUUAUGGGACGAGUUUCUGAAGUCCGAUAGUACCAAGAAAUCUGAUAGCACCGAGAAAGUAAAUGUUGUGAAAAAAUAUCAGUUUGCUGGAGAAGAAGUUGAAGUAAUUCAAGCAGUUUCAAACACAGAGAAUGGAAUGAAAAGCUCAAGUGCUUUACAGAAUCAGAGUAAGACUUCAAGUCAGACAACAAAUUCGCUGAAGUCAAAAGCACCGCCUCUGGGACAUGGUUUGUCUAACGCUCUACAAAACUUAAAAUCUACGGUAAAUAGCCUACCAAAAUUAUCUACCUUAGAAAAGUCGCGCCUCGACUGGAAACAAUAUGUACAAAAAGAAUCGUUAGAAGACGACCUCAAAGCUCACAACAAAGGAAAAGAAGGUUAUCUAGAAAAGCAAGCAUUCUUCAACAGAGCAAGUGAACGCGAAUAUCAGUAUGAACAAGGAUUGAAGAAGUCAGCAUCGAAUCGAAGAACCUAAAUACGGCUAUGUUUACGAUUCGUCUCUUAACACACCAAGUACAAUAGUUAUCGAAUAUGGUCAUCUAUCACGAAUGACCCGUCCAAUAUUUGUGCGAAUACAGUACCGUAUCUCGGUGUACUCUUGUGUGAAGCAAAUAGUUGUGGUUAAUUGUUACUAAGAAUAAAAAAAUUCCAAUUGCUUA